AUGUCUUACGAUCUUGCUACGGCUCCCGGUAUUAUCGGUCCAAUCUCCCUUUCACCAUGGGCAAACUUCAACAAGGCCUGGACGGCGGUAAUGGGGUAUCCGGCUGAAGAAUUCCAGUUUAUACCUGGAAAGACGCCUAUCUCCACACCUGCAGAGGCCAUAAGUAUGUGCAUUGUGUACCUCGUUGUCAUAUUAGGAGGGCAGGAGAUAAUGCGGAACCAAAAGGCCUUCCAACUUAAUACUCUUUUCAAAAUACACAAUUUUAUGCUUACAGCUGUGAGCGCAUCCCUCUUAAUUCUUUUUGCCGAACAGCUAGUCCCAAGUCUCUGGAAUCACGGUCUCUACGCCAAUAUCUGUCAAGCUCCAGGUUGGACUCAGCCUCUUGUAUUGCUCUACUACCUUAACUAUCUCACAAAGUACGUUGAGCUUUUAGACACUGUUUUCUUGGUUGUAAAAAAGAAACCUCUUACAUUCUUACAUUGUUAUCACCAUCCUGCCACUGCUUUGCUUUGUUUCACACAACUUAUUGGUCGUACUUCGGUUUCAUGGGUCCCCAUCACCCUUAAUUUAACUGUUCACGUGGUAAUGUACUGGUACUACUUUCAAAGCGCACGCGGGAUCCGUGUUACAUGGAAGGAGUGGAUCACCCGUAUGCAAAUCACCCAAUUUAUCAUUGAUUUAGGUUUCGUAUAUUUCGCCACUUAUGAUUACGUCGUCCACGUUAACUGGCCCUCUCUCCCCCAUGUCGGGGAGUGUGCUGGCGAGCCAUGGGCUGCAGCCGCUGGCGACCUUAUUCUGCUGUCUUACUUAAUUUUGUUUAUAUCAUUUUACAUCAGCACGUACCGAAAGCAGUCCUCUCGUAAGGCUGCAGCUAAAGUUGCAGCGGUCCGUGCGUCCGAGGAGGCUAAAGGUGGUAGCAUAAACACAUCCAGUACAAGGAUUAUCAAGACAUGA